AUCAGUGAGGGCACACGACUAAUCUGGGUUACGGCUUUGGAAAGUUCUGCCGGAAAUCUUGUUGGCGUUACUUGAUUCUAGGGCCCCGUGCCCGUGCGAGAGUGCCUGGCUUGGCAGCGAGACCUCUUGAGGCUGUGGAGUAACCGAGGGGUCGGCAUUCAUGAGCUAGAGGCUGAGGGACAGGUCCCUAUGCGGGACAGCCUGUGCUUUCCGCUGCCCAAAACCAGCGCCCACAGCUUGCCCGGUGCCCGGCAGGGACGGCGGCCACCUCCGCGCCCGCCUGCGGAGAGACCCGCACGGACACGUGUCUCGAGCAGAGGCUCAGUGUGCGUAUCCGCUUCCCCGACCCGACAGCUAACGGUGUCCUUUGUCAUUCAGCCAGGAGAAGCAGACGGGGAAGACCAGGGGGAUCCGGGGCACCACCGCGUCCCCCACCUGGUGGGCAGGAGACCCCUGCGAGACUUCGUCGGACUGGAGGGCUGCGAUAAGCCCACUCAGGAUGCCAUGCUCGACUUCAGCUUCUUUGUCACCAUCGGAGACAUGGAUGAAGCUUUGAAAUGUAUCAAGCUCAUCAAAAGCGAGGCAGUCUGGGAGAACAUGGCCCGCGUGUGCGUGAAGACCCAGCGGCUGGACGUCGCCAAGGUGUGCCUGGGGAACAUGGGCCACGCCCGCGGAGCCCGAGCGCUGCGCGAGGCCGAGCAGGAGCCAGAGCUGGAGGCCAGGGUGGCCGUGCUGGCCAUACAGCUGGGCAUGCUCGAGGAUGCCGAGCAGCUGUACCGGAAGUGCGGCCGCUACGACCUCCUCAACAGGCUGUACCAGGCGUCCGACCAGUGGCAGAAGGCCGUGGAGGCAGCGGAACUGCGGGACCGCAUCCACCUGCGCACCACCUACUACAACUACGCCAGGCACCUGGAGGCCAGCGCCGACCGCAGCCUGGCCCUCAGCCACUACGAGAAGUCGGACACGCACCGCUUCGAGGUGCCCAGGAUGCUCUCGGAGGACCCACAGUCCCUGGAGCUCUACGUCAAUAAGAUGAAGGACAAGACCCUGUGGAGGUGGUGGGCCCAGUACCUGGAGAGCCAGGCAGAGAUGGACGCCGCGCUGCACUACUACGAGCUGGCACAGGACUACUUCUCCCUGGUCCGCAUCCACUGCUUCCAGGGCAACAUCCAGAAGGCUGCUGAGAUCGCAAAUGAGAGCGGAAACUGGGCCGCGUCCUAUCAUCUGGCCCGCCAGUACGAGAGUCAGGAGGAGGUGAGGCAGGCAGUGCACUUCUACGCGCGCGCACAGGCCUUCAACAACGCCAUCCGCCUGUGCAAGGAGAAUGGCCUGGACGACCAGCUCAUGAACCUGGCCCUGCUGAGCUCCCCCGAGGACAUGACGGAGGCGGCGCUGUACUACGAGGACAAGGGCGAGCACGUGGACAGGGCGGUGAUGCUGUACCACAAGGCCGGCCACUUCUCCAAGGCUCUGGAGCUGGCCUUCGCCACCCAGCAGUUUGUGGCCCUGCAGCUCAUAGCGGAGGACCUGGACGAGAGUUCGGACCCCGCCCUCCUGGCCCGCUGCUCGGACUUCUUCCUUGAGCACAAUCAGUACGAGAAGGCGGUGGAGCUGCUCCUGGCCGCAAAGAAGCACCACGAAGCCCUGCAGCUCUGCCUGGAGCAGAACAUGACCAUCACCGAGGAGAUGGCUGAGAAGAUGACCGUGCCCAAGGACUCCAAGGACCUGUCUGAAGAGUCUCGGCGCCAGCUGCUGGAGCAGAUCGCCAACUGCUGCAUGCGCCAGGGCAGCUACCACCUGGCCACCAAGAAGUACACGCAGGCGGGGAACAAGCUCAAGGCCAUGAGAGCGCUGCUGAAGUCGGGGGACACGGAGAAGAUCGUGUUCUUUGCGGGCGUCUCGAGGCAAAAGGAGAUCUACAUCAUGGCUGCCAACUACCUGCAGUCCCUGGACUGGCGGAAGGAGCCGGAGAUCAUGAAGACCAUCAUCAGCUUCUACACCAAGGGGCGGGCCCUGGACCUCCUGGCCAGCUUCUACGAGGCCUGCGCCCAGGUGGAGAUCGAUGAAUACCAAAACUACGACAAAGCCCACGGGGCGCUGACCGAGGCCUACAAGUGCCUGGCCAAGGCCAAGGCCAAGAGCCCCCUGGACCAGGAGACCAAGCUGGCUCAGCUGCAGAGCAAGAUGACACUGGUGAAGCGGCUCAUCCAGGCCCGAAGGACAUAUGCCGAGGACCCUACGGAGGCGGUCAAGCAGUGUGAGCUGCUCCUGGAGGAGCCCGAGCUGGACAGCAGCGUCCGCGUCGGGGACGUCUACAGCUUCCUGGUGCAGCACUACCUGCAGACGGAGGAGUUCCGGGCGCCUUUUUUAUUUGGAAUAAUUUCAAACUGAGAAUUACAAGAAUAAGAGAACCCACACAUAACCCUUCAUCAGAUUUGGCAGGUUUAAAAAUUUUGCUACAUUUACUUACUCAUUUUACGUGUGUGUUUUCAAAUUUCUAUUUUCUACCUAACAUGGGUAUUUUUCUGAGCGCUCUGAGAAUCGCAGGCGCCCUGCCCUCCCCGCUUGGUUCGCAGACACUCGGGUAGAUGCCCAGGGCUGGGAUGGUGGGGUUGUGUGGUAAGUGUGUGUUUAACGUUUUAAGAAACUGCCAGACUUCUUCCUUUUUGUAGUGUCUUUUUCACGGUUGGUUUCAGGGUUAUUCUAGCCUUAUAAAAUGCACUGGGGAGCAUGCCCACCUCCCGUAUUUUCCAGAAGAGUUUAUGUAAGAUUGCUUGAUUUCUUCCUUCCUUGAUAGAAUGCCUACCUGAACCCACCUGGCCUGGAGCUUUCUUUGCGGAAGGGUUUCGGUAAUUCAUUUUAGCAGAGCACUUCUCAGACAUUUUGGUGUCUGGACCCCUUUGCACUAGGAAAGUUAUUGAGGACCCAAAGACCAUUGGUCUGUGUGGGGCGCACCUACCAGUAUUUACUAUUACCCAAUAAAACUAAUGUAAAAAUAUUUGUUAAUUCACUUAAACCCGUGAUAUGUUAACAUAAGUAACAUUUUCACUGAAGCAAUUUUAUAUUUUUUAUAUUUUGCGAAACAAAUUGAGUGAGGAAAGUAGCACUAUGUUACAUUUCUCCAAAUCUCUCGUCCAGCUAAAUCCGAUGGGAUCAGUUUCUGCUUUUGCACUCAACUUGGUGAAAUAGGGUUUUUCUUAGCUGAAAUAUAUGAAGAAAAUGUAGCCUCACAGCAAUACGUAGGCGAAGGGGCCUCUUCAGACACGUGCAGGCCACCUUUGAUGCUGCGCCACAAGUCAACAAGUGGUAAUUCUUUUUUUUUAAUGUUUAUUUAUUUUUGAGGACAGAGGAUUUGAAGCAGGCUCUGUGCUGAGAGCAGAGAGCCCAAUGUGGGGCUCGAACUCACGAACUAUGAGAUCAUGACCUGACCUAAAGUCAGCUGAGCCACCUAGGCGCCCCAGGUGGCAAUCCUCAAAAGUUAGUUGCGAUGUUGGAAUGCUGUUGUAUUCUGUCACGUUUAAAACUCGAUGGUCUGUCUCAGAUCUUUUACACACACAUCGUUUUAUGACAUCAUGUUGUUUGCGGAGUUGGAAGAUGUUGACACAUUUCAUUAUACGUAUCACAACACCAUAUUUGCAGAAAUCACCACCAGCCUCGUCAGAAAAUACGGCAUCGGGAAGACGUCCGGCUCGUGGUGGCCAAUACGCAAGGUUUCUGAAAUCCUUCCGUUUGAAAGCUCAGAUUUUAUCCUUGGCAAAACUAUUGCCUGUUCCUCUUUUCCUUGAUGUGGUGGCCCCUUGGUUCCUUUUUGAGACAGUCUGCCACGAACCCGAGUCUGAGUAGCCACGCUUACCUGCAGUCACGUUUACAAGUAAAGGCGGUAUUCUAUGCGCGAGCGGCCACUUUUGCUCACGACCUCCAAAGCUGUGCCUCGUCUCCGCGCACGUUCGGUACGACCUGUCUUUCACUUCCGCCGUCCUGGUGGGUGCGUCGCGGUAGCUCAUGGUGGUUUCAGUGCCCCUCUCUCUCUGACCACCGGUGUCGCGCAGCUGCUCAUAGGUUCGUCUCCUCCUCCAAGUGCCCGAAUCCUCCCCUGUCAGUUUGUUGGGGGUCUGUCUUCUCAACGUUGCUUGUGGCCCUUAUGAAUUCUGGGGACCUUUCCUUUACCAGCGUGUGACCUCUAGUGUUUUCUCCCUGUCUGGGGGAAAUUCCCUCCUGUCCCUCUCUCCUCUCCUUACGGAACUGCAAUGAUCUGUGUAUACUAUCCCCUGCUUCAACUGAUGGUCCUCUUUUUUUUCCAGAAUUUUCUCUGGUUUUCAUUUUUGGUGGUGGCUUUUACUGUUGCUUCAAGUUUACCAGGCCUGUUCAGUACUCUGAUGUUGCUCCUGGGCCUGUAUUACACCUGCUGUUAUAAUUUUCCCCACUAGUAGCUUCUGGAUCACAUCGAGUUAGUUCCCUUGUCUUUUCUCUCGAGUUUGGUCACAUCUUGUUGUUGUUCCUUACGUCUAGCAGUUCCUGGACAUUAUGGAUAAACCACCAUAGAGACUCUGGAUUUUUUAGGUUCCUUCCUUCCUUCCUUCCUUCCUUCCUUCCUUUCCUUCCAUCCUUCCUUUCCUUCUUUCCUUUCCU